CCCCCCCCCCCCGCCUCUUUCCCGCCAUCCGGGCCGACAUGGCCGCCUUCGCCAUGGAGCUGCCGCCCGCAGGGGCAGAACCAAUGACUCUUGGCUCCCCGACAUCUCCAAAACAAGGAGCUAGUGCUCAGUUCCUGCCUGGGUUUUUGAUGGGUGACUUACCUGCCCCGGUGACUCCUCAGCCACGUGCUUUAUACGGCCCUUCAGUUGGUGUAAUGGAAACAAGGUCGCCACUACUUGCAGGAGGGUCUCCCCCACAACCAGUAGUUCCUUCUCAUAAAGAUAAAGGUGGUGCUCCACCAGUUAGAAGCAUUUAUGAUGAGUUAUCUAGUCCUGGGCUUGGAUCAACACCUCUAUCCUCAAGAAGACCAGCCAGCUUUACACAGAGCCCAUCAGUUGGAAUCCUGCCAUCAACUCCAGGAGCAGCUUCAAGCAUGUUCAGUCCUGCAAGUAUUGGGCAACCUAAGAAGACUACUCUAUCUCCUGCUCAGCUAGAUCCGUUUUAUACUCAAGGUGAUUCCCUUACUUCAGAAGAUCAACUUGAUGACACAUGGGUAACUGUAUUUGGAUUUCCUCAGGCAUCAGCUUCCUAUAUUCUACUGCAGUUUGCUCAGUAUGGAAACAUAUUAAAGCAUGUGAUGUCCAACACAGGAAACUGGAUGCAUAUUCGAUACCAGUCGAAGCUUCAAGCCCGGAAAGCCUUAAGCAAAGAUGGAAGAAUUUUUGGUGAAUCUAUCAUGAUUGGUGUCAAGCCCUGUAUAGAUAAAAGUGUGAUGGAAAACUUUGAAAGAAGCUCUACAUCUUCAAUGUCUUCAAUUUUCACUCCACCUACAAAAUCUGUUGGCACACCAGUACAACCUGCAAAUAAUACUCCAAGGAUUUCUACAAUGAGACCUCUGGCAACAGCAUAUAAGGCUUCCACUAGUGACUAUCAGGUGGUUACUGACAGACAGACUCCUCGGAAAGAUGAAAGUAUUGUAUCUAAAGCAAUGGAAUAUGUUUUUGGCUGGUAAUAUAAAAGAGGAAGCAACACACUAAGCUGAUCAUGGUUUGAACUAUACUACUGGCAUUUGUGGUUAGUUGUAUAACUACUGGUGGCAGUAUUUUAUCUGCAUAGCACCUGUUAUGCCUUCAGUUUAUUCAGAAGACAUGUAGCUUGCACUUUAAUUGAUGGCAGUGUAUACAUGGUUUUACAAACUGAGUAAGUGUAAAUAAAAGUGCUCUAUCCCCA